CUUGUUGUGUAUCAUCAAUAUAAGGUUGGUCAUAUGAAUCAGGUCAUGGAGCUGGAAAUGCCUAAAAAAAACAAAAUCUGGUUAGUGCUGACGCGGAUUCACAGCAGCGGGGCGUGAGGUUCCAAUUGCUGGCAUUGGCCUGCAUUCCGAUUAAAAAAGCAGCAAACUUUUGCAUGCGGAUGCCACUUGAUUGCCUUCUGUCUCGAUUCCUUCCCCUUCCUUUCUUUUAAUUUAUAUCUACUUUCGCUUCUUUAAACCGGUUUCUACGGCGGCCAUGGGAGGUGAUCACGGCAGUGCCAAGGCCGACAUCUCGUUUGCCGGGAGAUUCGCAAGUAGCGCCACCGCCGCCUGCUUCGCGGAGAUCUGUACUAUCCCACUGGACACUGCAAAAGUGAGGCUUCAGCUUCAAAAGAAAGCGCUCUCUGGCGAUUCAGUGGCUCUACCCAAAUAUAAGGGAAUGUUAGGGACGGUUGCUACAAUUGCCAGGGAAGAAGGCCUAGCAUCACUCUGGAAGGGUAUUGUUCCUGGCCUUCAUCGUCAAUGCCUUUUUGGAGGGCUCAGGAUUGGCUUAUAUGAGCCGGUCAAGAACUUAUAUGUUGGUGAAAACUAUGUUGGAGACAUUCCUCUUUCUAAGAAAAUUCUUGCUGGUCUUACAACGGGUGCUUUGGCGAUUUCAAUAGCAAAUCCAACUGACCUGGUCAAAGUAAGACUUCAAGCUGAAGGGAAACUUCCACCUGGUGUGCCAAGACGUUAUUCAGGAGCACUUAAUGCUUAUUCUACUAUAGUAAAACAGGAAGGACUAGCAGCUCUAUGGACUGGUAUUGGUCCAAAUAUUGCCCGAAAUGCUAUCAUAAAUGCUGCAGAGUUGGCAAGUUAUGAUCAAGUGAAACAGACGAUUCUGAAAAUCCCAGGAUUUACCGAUAAUGUUGUUACCCAUCUCUUAUCUGGAUUGGGAGCUGGCUUCUUUGCAGUCUGCAUUGGCUCCCCUGUUGAUGUGGUAAAAUCCAGAAUGAUGGGAGAUUCAAGCUACAAAAGCACAAUUGAUUGUUUCGUAAAGACAUUGAAAAAUGAUGGACCACUUGCAUUCUACAAAGGCUUCAUUCCGAAUUUCGGCCGGCUGGGGUCAUGGAAUGUUAUCAUGUUUUUGACUUUGGAGCAGGUAAAAAAACUGUUCACCAAAGAGGUACCAGCUUGAAGAAUUGUCUUGUUUCCAUGAAUUUCAGGCCAGUUGAAUAAGAUUAUUUUCUACCUAACUUCAAUAAUGAAAUCUGGGUGACCCAACACCAUGGAUGCUCUUUUCUUCUUUACAGGAUAUAGAGUUCUUAUGCUGUAAUGAAAAGGAAAAAAAUUGCUUGUUGAUUAUGUAUGACUUGAUUUAGCUAGUUUCAUAGAUCUUCAAUAAAGCUGUUUUCAUCUAUUGCAUGGCUGUAAAGAGUGGGACAUUAAUGAGAAGAUUUGAAGAAUAUCUUCAACUAUAUGUUAACGAUGUAAUCAAAUUAUCUUAUCCUCAUUUUAUGAUGAAAUUGCAAUAUAUAAA